AUGGUGCAGUCAACGUUCGUGUCGUUUGUCGUAUUAGACCUGCUUCUACUUUCACAUUCCUUAAUAUUCACGAUUACGAAUUUAAUCGGCGGAGAUGUAAAAUACGCCGAGAGUAAUGCACUGCUCAACACUGUAGCGCCUUAUGGGAUGCUCACGCCGCUACUCGGAAUUCAGGUAAGGGUAUAUUGAUGUUUUGUUUAUUAAAGGUACAGUAAGGUAGAAGGUACAGUACUUUUUAUACUACAGGCAGAGUGGAGGGUAGGGUAAGGUAGCGUAGGGUCAAUGUAUCUACUAUGGUAGAGCAUGUGAUAAAAGAGGGCCAAGGGUAAGGGCAGAGACAAAACUAGGGUAAGGAGGCUGAGGCAUGGUGACGGUAAGGCUAGGGUUGGGACUAAAAUAUGAGUAGGGUAAAGUAGGGUAGGACAGACUAGAGUCAGGUAAGACAAGGCGAGAUAUUGUAGAGCAUGGUACUGUAGUAAAACAUAAAGCGUAGGGUAGGGUAGGGUAGGGUGUGUUACAGCUACAGUAAGCAGAAUCUCAUUUUUCUUUACUUUUUUGAAUAUUGUGAUGUAUUACUGUAUUUUCAGAUUUUAUGGUUAUCAACCUGCCUAACAGCAGUAAUAUCACUAAAAGCCGUAUUGCCAUAUCUUCAGUUGCCUUAUCUUCUCUGUUCGGGUUUAGUGCUAGCGACGUUUGUGUGGUUAAUCGCUCGACUAACCACGUUGAUUGUUGACGCGGAUACUGUAACAUGGCCGAUGAUUGUCUUGUUAUGUGCUAUGAAUUUGGUGUUUUUAGUACAAAUCUACUUUUUAUAUGUUAAACUUGUCUGCUUUAAGAUGCUGAUAAGGAAGCGAAAAGUAAGUAAAAGUGGACGAAGUGUCAAUAUCGAUUUUUCAAAUUAUUUUUUUUUUAAUUUUGAAUUGUAAAAUACGAGUAUUGUUGAGUAGGUUUAAGGACGUUUCACAAUGAUUUUGUAUCAAAAACGACGAAAUGUCAAUGUUGAUUUUUGGCGAAAUGUCAAUAUUGAGUUUUCAUUUUUUACCUUUUUUUUAAUGUAAAAUACGUCUUGGAAUCUAUUAAGUUUUUAAAAAAUGCCAUUUUGUUUAAAAAAGACGAAAUGUCAAUAUUGAUUUCUUACAAUUUUUAAAUUUAAAUUUUCGAUUUUUAGCUUGUAAGCACCAUGGAGCGCAAUUUGGGUAAAUUUGGGCUGGGAUCACUACCAAACAACGAUCAGUUCGACACAUAUAGUACGAAAUCGACAGUUAUUGUUACUGAUGACUAUUUGAAUCGAGUGCCUUAA